AUGAUGACGUGCCGGCUGGGCUCGCGUCGGCUGGGCGGCUCCCGAGGCUCGCUGCAGGCUGGCACCGCAUGCUCGGCCGCCAGCGAGUUGGACCUCUCCUCGCGCUCCAGACGCGCACAUAAAGCUAGAUUAAAAUUGUUGGGUGCGAGCGGCGAGGCACCGCUGCUGAGCGGCUGGCGCAGCACGCCGCACACGCCGCACGCGCCAGCCACGCCGGCGCCGCACCACUCGCACAACCAUCUUGCGCCUACGCACUGCAAUGGUACUGACAGCGGCAGCAGAGGCGGGCUGCGGCGGCGGUCGACGUACGCGAGCGGGCGGCUGCGCGCCGGCCCGCACUGGUCCUUCGUGUUCGACCCCGCGGGCCGCCUGUGCUACUACUGGUCCAUGGUCGUCUCCCUCGCCUUCCUAUACAACCUUUGGGUCAUAGUGUACAGGUUCGCCUUCCAGGAGAUUAACGGCGAGACGCUAAUAGUGUGGUUUUGUUUGGACUACUUUUCGGAUUUCCUUUACCUGGCGGACAUACUGUUCCACUUCCGUACGGGCUACCUGGAGGACGGCGUGCUGCAGACGGACGCGGCCAAGCUGCGCGCGCACUACAUGAACUCCACCACGUUCUACAUCGACUGCCUGUGCCUGCUGCCGCUCGACUUCCUCUACCUGUCCAUCGGGUUCAACUCCAUCCUGCGCUCGUUCCGCCUCGUCAAGAUAUACCGCUUCUGGGCGUUCAUGGACCGCACCGAGCGGCAUACGAACUAUCCAAACUUGUUUAGAUCGACCAGUUUAAUUCAUUAUUUAUUAGUGAUAUUCCAUUGGAACGGGUGCUUGUACCAUAUAAUAUAUAAAAACAAUGGGUUCGGUAGUAAAAACUGGGUGUAUCAUGACACUGAGACUGCGGAUGUGGUGAAACAAUAUUUGCAAAGUUAUUAUUGGUGCACGUUGGCGCUCACGACGAUAGGUGACUUGCCUCGGCCGCGCAGCAAAGGCGAGUACGUGUUCGUGAUCGCGCAGCUGCUGUUCGGCCUGAUGCUGUUCGCCACCGUGCUGGGCCACGUGGCCAACAUCGUCACCUCCGUCAGCACCGCCAGGAAAGAGUUCCAAGCGAAACUGGACGGUGUGAAGACGUAUAUGCGCAUGCGGCGGGUACCAACACACUUGCAGGUGAAGGUGAUCAAGUGGUUUGACUACCUGUGGCUGACGCAGAAGUGCUCUGAUGAAGAGAAGGCCGUCUCCUGCCUGCCAGAUAAGCUCAAAGCUGAAAUAGCAAUCAAUGUACACCUAGAUACAUUGAAGAGGGUGGAAAUAUUCCAAAACACCGAAGCGGGGUUUUUGUGUGAGUUGGUCCUACGGCUUCGACCAGUUCUGUUUUCGCCAGGCGACUACAUUUGCAGAAAAGGUGAAGUCGGAAAGGAAAUGUACAUAGUGAACCGAGGGAAACUCCAGGUGGUAGGCGACAACGGGAAGACCGUGCUUGCAACACUCAAGGCUGGUUCUUAUUUUGGCGAAAUUUCCAUUCUGAACAUGGGCACGGCAGGUAAACAACUUGAAAUAUUGUUGUGCAACCGCCGGACAGCAUCGGUGCGAUCUGUGGGUUAUUCGGAUCUGUUCGUGCUCAGCAAGAAGGACAUGUGGGACGUGCUCAAGGAGUAUCCAGCUGCCAGGGUGCGACUCGAAGCGAUCGCCGUCAAGAGACUUGAGAAAUAUAAAAAAGCACCGCUUGAAAAAGUGGCUAUGGGUCGUUGUCAGUCGACGCCCGGACUGGUGGAGACGAGUGGACGCGUGCCCAUAGAAGACAUGAACCUGCCACCUGCGCCCGCGCUACCGCCCCCACACCCAUCACACCCGCCUUCCUAUCGGGACCAGCUUUAUAGUUCGUCAGUAAGCCCCCUACGAGUAGCCUCCCCGGUGGCGUCGUGUGCGUCGAGCGCGCGCAGCAGCGGCGCGGGCGGCGGCAGCGUGGCCACCGCGCCGCGCGUGCUGCUCGACUCGCACGACGCGCUCGAGUGCGAGAUCAAGCGCCUGCGAGAGCGCCUCUACACCGUCGAGACCGAGAACGCUGCCAUGUCCGCCAAGCUCAGCCAGCAACAGUGGGAGGUGGACCAGAGGCUGCAGGAGAUAGAGAUGCAGAUCUGCGGCGGCAGCUCGGUGAGCUCCUUGGAGGAGAACGAGCGCAACCGCGAGAGCAUCAUUUAACGGCGCGCCUCGCUCGAGCGCGCUGGCCUGCUGCCUGCGCCCAUGCGGCCGCUGCAUGUCGCCGCAGUCUACUGACCAACUGACCAAACAUGAACCCCAUCCCAAUCCCAACCCCUACCCACCCGCCUCCUCUUGUGACCUUGUGAACUUCGAAAGUACGAUGAAUUAGUGUUUUUAUGAAUAAAUAUUAAUAUGGAAUAUUUAAAUACGAAUUAACUUUAUCAAAUUUAUAUAUACGUAGUAUAUACGACUCGCUAAUAUUUGACGAGUGUCGUGGAGUGAGAUUUUGCCGAGACAAUAUUAUCUAUAAUAUCGUUUAGGUGUCGAGUAAGAGUGCGUGGAGUGAGUGCCGGCGCAGUUUGUACCCGUUACGUUGUGUUGCUGCGUCCGCGUCCGCGACGGACAGCGCGUUCUGUUCCUUCUCUAGUGACCGUUGUAAGUUAUCUGUGACCACUGUGUUCUAUACGAACUCGAUCACUGAGUUGCUCUAUUGUACGUGUACAAUAUCGUGGUUCUGUCUGUUUCCGCAAUGCUGUCUAGUAAUGGCGAAUGUUUUCCUUGUAGAGAUGGGAAGUUUGUGUACAAUGUUAUUGUGUAUCGUAUAAUCAGUAACUGAUACUGUGUGCCAAAUUAAGGCCAAAGUGAAUGUGCUAUGGAUAAGAUUUUUGUGUUAACUCAUAAAUAGAAAAUGUAAUGGAUAUUUUCCUAUCCAUUAAAUUUGAGCUUUAAUUAUUAUAAAAAUCCCGGAAGACUUGAUCAUUGACCCAUUUUAAGUGUUAUGUUUCAAUUGACCUGAUCUUUAAUAUAUCGUAACAGUCUAGGGAAUAGUUCAUUCAUCACUAAAUUUGGUAUAACCUAUGUAUAUUCGCGGAAUAAUAUUAUUACAUUCUGAAGCAGUUUUAAGAACAUAAAACGACCAUAGUAUGUUGUAAUUUGUUAUAUAAAAUGGAUUUAAUACCUACGAAUUAAGUGAAGUAGCUUAUAACUGGUAAUUAUAUCAGUUUUGGUAAUAUAAGAUCACUACUGCCAAAUAAGAUAUAAGUAGAUACAAAGUUUUAAUGUAAUGAUAUUGACAAUCGACUAACAGUGUUUUGUACUUGUAUUCUUUCUAUUCCUGUAUUGGGUUACGACGUCGUUAUGUGACAUCGAUGUGUCUACAUAAAUGAAUUUUAUUGAAGCUUUUAUAAAUAUGUAUUUCUGUCAUUACUUUGAACACUUGUGAUUUAAACAGACCAGUACACAAUAUAAGGUGGCACCAAGACAUGAGAACAAACUAACUUAACUCAGCUCUAAGUAAAUUGUAAAUACUUAUUCUAAUAUCUAUGAUACGUGUUUGUAAGCUGUUUUCAUUGAGAGCAUUUGUUUUGGAAGAGGAAGUUGUCGGAUGAGUAUUGUGGAAGGUAAGGAGCGCCGCGCGGGACCCGCAUGUCGCUCGUCUUGUCGCGUUCAGUUCAUGCGUCGAUCACUUAUUAGUUAGUUCCAAUCGUACUGUUUAUUUCCUAAGCGCCCGAAGAAUAUAAUAGAUAGGCGAUAAAAUUUUUAAACUGUAAAUAAAAUAUUUAUUUAUUGUUAUUAUAUUCCAUAAAUUUUUCUUCUUACAUAUUUCUCGAUUAUAAAAUGGUAAGAGAGAUGCAUUAUGCAAUUGAUACUUGUAUUUAACGAAAAAACGAAAGUGCUUUUUAUCAUAAUAACUCGUAGGAUUAUAGUGUGGUGCGACAUCAGAGCGGGCGCCAGGGAGCGGCCCGCUCGCGGCACCACACGCAGGUCGAACCGAUUCCUUUUGUAAUAGUUAUUAUAAGUGCUAAUUCUUUACCUUCACACGAAGCAGACAUGUUCUAAUGCGGUGACCGUAUUAUUUGGAUGGAACUUGAAACGCGGUUCAGUAGUUUGCAGUAACCAGGCUUGUGCAUCUUAAACUGGAAAUUCAAUUAUGUAUCGCACAUGAUUCAUUUUAUUGUUAAUAAAAAGAUUAUGAUAAUACGA